AUGGCAGCUCAAAUUGAUGCCAAAAUGGUAGCUCAGAUUGACGCAUAUUUUUUGGAUAUAGACACCCUAAUUAAAUCUCAUUUCAAAGAUAACAUACAAAAUCGGUUCGAAGUUGAACAAAAAUUCAAAGAGACAUUACUAUCAAUUAUUGAAAUAGAGGCUGAUGACGAAAAACAACAUGGAAUAUAUAGGUACAAAUAUCAUACAACAUAUCAUAGCUAUUUAAACGCGAUUGGUGAUAUGAAAGGUGCUAAUAAACAAGAAAAAUUAGCGAGAGGAUAUGAAAAAUAUAUGUUUACUCGUACCGAGAAACCACAACCUAUGUUAUAUGCAGAUGUUGCAGUAUCAAAUGAUGUCAAUCAAGAUUGUAAUCUUGAACAAAAAAUUUUAGAAGAAUUAGACCAAAUCCGCCCAAUUUUAAAAGAUGAAUUGGUUGAAAUUAAAGUAGUGGAUACGCUUAUUAGUCAGAUACAACAGAUUUUUGAAAACCUUAGUAUAGAAACCAAGACCUUUGAAGGUUAUCUAGAAGCAAUAAAUUGCGAGAUCUAUAUGCAUAGGUUAGCAGAUAGCUUAAUUAAUGAAAAGUUAAUCAUAUUAAAAGCUAAUAAAAAUCAUGAUCAAGGACUUGACAAUAAGUCUUCAAAAAUUAAAAACGUUAGCACAGAAUUAAUUGAUCAUUUAAAAUGUUUGAAGUUAUUCGCACAUGACGCAGCAUACUCAAAAAGAAUAAAAUUUAUUUCGUUUUUAUCAGAUUCUUCAAAUAAAGUGGAAAUAUUAUUUAAAAAUAUUAUAAAUACAGAAGAAGAGAUUAAUAGACGCUCUAGAGUUCUUAGUUCAUGUUUUCACCCAGAUAAAACCAGAAAUGCAAAAAGUCCAUAUGUGCUUCAAGAAAUAUAUAAAAGUCAAGGCGAUGAGAUAUUCAAACUUGUUCAAGAGUUCAAAGAACAUUUAUUGAGCAAGUUGAUAAAAACCUUAGAAUUAGCGGACUAUGAAAAAUACGGAAAUGAACUUUGGAAAAUUGCCAUCGAUUAUCAUAAUGCAUCAAAAGGACAAUGGAACAAACUAAAAGUGUUAAAAGAAGAUGAUAUCAAUGAGUUCUCAUUCGAGUCAUUAAAGCAUAAUAGCAUGAUUAUGGGAGAGUUAGCUUAUCGUCAAUAUCGAGCAGCGUGUAAAAUUGCAGAUAAAAAUAAAAUGCUAGAAAAGCAAGUAAAAUUGAGAGGAUAUAUGGCUUUAUGCUUAUAUCACACAAAAAAACUUCUAGAAGCGCCGUUAUAUGCUUUGGCGGCAAUGCUUUUACAAAUUCGGAAUUCAAACAAUUUUACGCAAGAAUUGGAUGAAGCAAAAAAAAUAUUUGAUAAAGUUAAUAAUAGCAAAAGAGAAGAGGGAGAAAAGAAUGAAGGAAGUGUGCCUUCCGACUCAAAUACUGAAAGUAAAUUAAAGAGUGACCUUAAUAAUUCGAUGGCUUUAAUAAAACCAAAUGAUAAAGGGAUUGCUUUUACUCAUAAAGAAUCUAUUCAGAAUUCGAUCAAUAAAAAUUUAAUUUAUACGACUAAUAAAUUAUUUGUUAAGGCGGAGCGUAGUUUGGUUUGUUAUCAAGCAUCAUAUAAGGAGAUUUUGCGUGCAAAAGAGAACGCAAAUUUGUAUAAAUUGAAAGGAACUCUAGUCGUAACAGGUGGAGUAGGAAUAGGUGCAUCAGCAUUAAUAAUUGCUGGAGGAAGCAUUGCCAAGGCGGUGUUUGUGACUGGAAUUGCUUCUUUGGGUGGGCCGUUUGGGUUAUUAGCAGGAGCAAUCUGUAUUGGUGCAGGAUUUUAUUAUGGACAUAAUAUGAUUAACAAAGGUGAAGAACUGUUUAAAGAGCCAAGGAUUCGAGAAAAACUCAAUCAAAUCAUGAACAAGGCGUUAAGUGCAUAUGAUAAUGAAAAAUAUCAAGAGUUCAUCAACGUACUUUCAGAGAAAUAUGAUGAAAACAGACGCCUCUUAAAUUGCCACGAUAAAGUUGGUAUUGUAGGAAUAAAUAUAGUAGAUACGCUUAAAACACAUGGUUUCAGACCGGAUGGUAUUGCAUAUCUACUUGUUGUGCUUGGGGAAGUUUUAGGUAGUGGGAAAAUAAAAAUCGAAGGUAUCACACAUGCAACUUUGAAGGCCGAUGCAAAAAAAAUUUUUCAACUAGCAUUGAGUGACGAACUUGUGAAGGAGGCAAAAGAGCUAGAUAAUUGCACCAGCAAAUUGAGACAAACCAGUCAAGGAAGCUUUGAGAGAUAUUUUAAAAGUACUUGUAGCAAAAUUAAAGACUUUGUAUUAUCGGAAGAACGUACAAGACUGGCUCUAGAUUAUCUACAAGAUUCUCUCGAAAUACCCUUUUUUUCAAGACUUGAGGAAAUACGUAAUAUUGCAAGAAUUAAUUUUGCACUUCUUAAUAUAUUAGAAUUUGACGAUGACGCAUAUAAAGAGGCCAAAAAAACUGUUGAAGAAGUUCGAAAAUCUGUAGGAGAAAAUUAUCAAUUUGUUAGCAAAGCUAAAUUACGCUUAGAAGUAUUGGAAGAUUUCUUGUGGAUAAUUAGUGGUGAAGAAAUGUCUGAUACAUCUCUUUUCAUCACAUCUCCCGUCGAAAUGAAGCCAGAUUCGGAAUCGGAUGAUAAAUAUGUUAAUUACUUGAAAAACCAACAGUCUUUUAACCCAAAUAAAUAUUAUGAAGCUGUUGGUUUCGAAUAUUUGGCUGAACAAGAAGCCAAAAUUAACAAGUUAAACAGUUUACGUUAUUGGCAAUCUGCUCAAGAAAACUACAACAUUGCACGUGAAAUAGACCCGAAUAAUUCGAUUUAUUCCAUUGGAUAUGCAAAAUGCCUAUUAAAAUUAUCUAAAUAUACUCAAGUAAUCAAGCUUUCUGAUACAUGUCAAGCAUUAAAUUCUUCAUCAGAAUACUGGCAUUUUCGUAGUGUAGCUUAUUUUAAACAAAAAAAAUAUGAAGACGCUAUGUCAUGCAAUACUGAGGCAUUAAAAUUGGAUCCUGGAAAUGAUUCAGCUAGUAAACAUAGAGAACUUGUCAAAAACCUAAAUGUAAAUAAUAUAGUUGAACAACACAUUGACCGCUAUAAAAAAGAGUUAAUAUAUGAAACAGAUUAUUUGAAAAAUUUUCACAAUAAUGAGCGUACUGUCUACAAUAUUCUAUCAAUUGAUGGCGGAGGAAUACGCGGGGUAUUGCCUGCUUUAUGGCUUAGCGAAAUAGAAUCUCGCACUCGCAGACCCAUUUCUCACUUAUUUGAUAUGAUAGCUGGGACAUCGACUGGUGGGAUCAUUGCUGCUGGACUAUCUGCACCAAAGUUCAAACUUAUCUACAAGGCAGAUGAUAAGACAGAUGAUGAAUACGAAUAUUCAAAUUUAAUCCCUGUAUUUUCAGCUUUGGAUUUAUUGAACAUUUACAAGAACGAAUCCAAAAAUUUAUUCACUAAAUCAACAUCAUGGCUUAAUAUACCUAUAUGGUCCAAGGCACACGAUAAAUACACAGAUGUGGGUCGUUCUACUAUGUUUAAACGAUAUUUUGAAGAAGCAAGAUUAAGCAAUUCUCUUACUGAAUUGGUUAUUCCUGCAGCAAAUGAAAACUAUACGCAUUUAUUUACUCGAUAUGAUGCCUGCAAAAAUAGUAAAAAUGACGAGAUAAAUAACACUUUUGUUGACACAUUAAUGGCAACAACAGCUGCACCUACAUUUUUUCCGCCUUAUAAAAUCGGUAAUAAGACUUUUAUAGAUGGAGGGAUACAUCUUAAUAACCCAGCAUCAACUGCUUAUAGUGAGGCCAUCCGAUAUAAUGUGCCAGAGAAAAAGAUUUCUGUGCUUUCUCUAGGUACAGGAUGUUAUUUACCAGAUCCUUCAAAUGCUGAUCAAUAUAAUUUGUUAUUUUGGGCUCAAAAUCUUCCUAAUUUCAUGAUAUCUGCACAAGAAAGUAAUACGGAUCGUGAAAUGUACACCAAAUUAAAAGAUCGUUAUCAACGAUGGCAAAUCUUUUUUGAGGAGCCUAUAGGAUUAGAUGAUCAUACAAGUAUUCCUGAUCUUUUGGAGUUAGGCUACCAAUAUAUAGAAGAGCUUGAUUAUUCUGAUGAAAACCCUAUCAAUAA